AGAUAUGUACACAGAAGGUAUGGCAGAUUUGAAUGAAAUGAUCCUCGUUUUGCCUCUGUGUCCACCUGAUCAGAAAGAGGCCAAGAUUGCCCAGAUCAAAGAGAAAGUAACAGAUCGUUAUCUCCCCGUGUUUGAAAAAGUGUUAAAGAGCCACGGACAAGGCUACCUUGUUGGCAACAGGCUGAGCAGGGCUGACAUUCACCCGGUUGAACUUCUGUACUAUGUGGAAGAGCUUGACCCCAGCCUUAUGGCCAACUUCCCUCUGCUGAAGGCCCUGAAGACCAGAAUUAGCAAUCUCCCUCCCGUGAAGAAGUUUCUGCAGCCUGGCAGCCAGAGGAAGCCUCCUAUCAGUGAGGAAGAUUGAGAAAAAGCAAGGAAGAUUUUCAGGAUUAAAUGAAGCAGGCAUGGAUGGCCAGCACUUGCAUCUGGGGCUUCCAACAAUGACAUGUGUUACCUGAUGUAAGAUGCUGAUGAUUGUGAGGCUAGUAAAGUUUUCAAAAGUAUAUAAUUUCAUGUACUAUGAAGAUUUGCAAAGCAAUUUAUUUUGUUUUUACCAAAUAUCAAAUCAUGAUCAGCCCCUAGGACAUCUCUUGGACUUAAAAAUAAAUAAAGGGAGACAAAAAUUUAAUGGAUUCUUUGAUGUAUUAAAAAA